CCCUUCGCGCUCGGGGGCGGAAGUUCACGUGCUCUUUGCUUAUCCUGUGAGAGACGCGACGCCGCUGAAGGAGAUUGAAAGUGGGGUUCGGGCGGGCGCCCAGCCAGCCACCCUGCAGCUAUGGCCAUCCUCUUCGCGGUUGUAGCCAGAGGCGCCACAAUUCUGGCCAAACAUGCUUGGUGUGGAGGGAACUUCCUGGAAGUGACAGAACAGAUCCUGGCCAAGACACCCUCGGAGAACAAUAAACUCACCUACUCGCACGGAAAUUACCUGUUCCACUAUAUCUGUGAAGACCGGAUUAUAUACCUCUGCAUCACUGACGAUAACUUCGAGCGUUCCAGAGCUUUCACGUUCCUGAAUGAAAUCAAGAAGCGAUUUCAGAACACCUACGGUUCUCGUGCACAGACGGCUUUACCAUACGCCAUGAACAGCGAAUUCUCCACUGUCCUGGCAGCACAGCUGAAAUACCACUCUGAGAACAAGGGCACCGAACAGGUGGCAGAGACUCAGGCCCAGGUGGAUGAACUCAAAGGGAUUAUGGUCCGCAAUAUAGAUCUGGUGGCCCAAAGAGGAGAGAAGCUGGAGUUGCUGAUAGACAAAACUGAAAAUCUUGUGGAUUCUUCUGUCACCUUCAAAACAACCAGCAGGAACCUGGCUCGAGCCAUGUGUAUGAAGAACCUCAAGCUCACCAUCAUUAUUGCCAUAGUAACAAUUGUCAUAAUCUACAUCAUUGUGUCAGCUGCCUGCGGAGGGCUCUCAUGGCCGAGUUGUGUACAGAAGUAGCUGUUGGAACCGGCUGGCUGCAUACAAGAGCACAUGUGAAUGAGAACUUAUGUGAAGGAAUGACCCUCAUAAAACAAACUUGGACCUCCUAGCUCUUCAUCCUUCCAGGAUACUCAAGUCUUUUUUGCCUUAUCACCCCCAAAAGAGCCUGCAACCCCAAACUACAGCCUUCAGGGGUAGCAUCUCUAUUAAAACCUACUUGAAGGGAGCUUCGUUUGUCUUCAUUGCAGAGCUUCCCCAGGUGAAAGAAAAGUUGUUGGGAGGGUCUAUGCAUAUGUCUGUGUUAUCAUGCUUUGCACUUUACUGUCCUGAGACCCUGCUGGAGGGGAAUGGGAAGAGCUGAAGGCGACUUCUCCAUAACUGGUCCUUGGGAGGUUAAUUGCAGAGGGAAAGGAGACCACUGGACCAAAAUGGGUUUCUGUUCAUUUAUACUGGCCCAGGUAGAUGUGAUAAUUGGCUCCCUCCCAUGCUUACUUUCCCAGUGGUGCCUUUCCUAAGCUCCUGUUGGGAUUUAACUUUGUUCAUGAGGGGGCACCCCCUUGUGACCUAGGGAAGGGGGUGUCUGUUCUUGGGCAUGGUGGCGGGGUCUGCUUUGUGAGUGUCUAUAAAUGUUUCAUGUAGCUGUAACAAUUUGCUUAUUUGUGGUUUUGAAGAGCUCUUCUGUUGUGCCUGAUUUAGGGUGUCUUUCUGCCUGUAAUAGGGGCUCCUCUCUGCACUGGCUGGGGCCAACAAGGGGGCUUAAAUAACUGCCCUUGUUGAUUAAAGCCCUAAAGGAAAGCAGCUACAAGGGAUGCUGUUAGCUAACUCUGAAUACAAGGAAGCUAUGCUUUGUAGCUGGGCAGCAGUAACUUCAGCUGUCAUGCCAGAAGAUCCAGUGGGGUCCUAAGCUGCUGUUUGACUGGGGGAUGGAGUUAGAGAAGCUUUGAGUGCUUCCAGAAGUUGUCACUAAAUAUUAAAGCCCUACAUGGAAGUUGCUGGUGAAGUGCUUAACGUUUUGGAAGUCUUUUUCAGAGCAACAUGUCAGCGCCAGCUGCUGCCAGAGAUGGGUGACUUCAAAAGUUACGCACACUGCUGUGUUGAGGACAAAUUGCUUAAAAGCGCCUGCUCAGAUAUGAACUUGCCAAAUCUUUUGCUCCAAAUGCUUGGUACUUUUUCCGUUGGAAGAGCUUACAGCUUUUCCCAGGCAAGACCACAGAUAGCAAGCACUUUAUGAGAAAUGAGUGCUGAUUCAGUAUGUUGGAACUUAGCUCUGUUGGCCACAUACAUUUUGUGCCCCUUUCUUUUGUUGCAAAUACCAGAGGUUAGUAGCUCGGUCUGCAGUCAGUCUUCAUCCUUAGUAAGGCAUUCUUGACCCUCACUGGUGAGCAUUGUGAUUCGCUUCACCUAUUGCUACCAUGAUGGGAAGGGUUGGUCUCUUUUAGCCCCACUCAGUUGUCAGGCUCUGUUUGAGAAGGACACCCCCUCCUCCUGUUUCGUCCCUCACCUCUUCCAGGCACAAGUCAAUGUUGAAUUAAUUGUGCAUGUUUUAAGGCUUGUUAGUAACAUUUUUUCUAUUAUUUUGAUUGCCUUUAUAUGUAUUCUAAAAUAAAUGGCUUUCUCUUGUUUUAAAAAAUUCACUGAUGCAUUAUUGUAAAAUAAAGCUUAUCUGUUUGAAUAAAUUU